ACACAAUAUGCACUUGUCAUUUUCCUUUUUUUUUUUCCUAGGUUUUCCACUUAUUCUUUCUCUUUUCUUUUCGGUGUCCCUGGACAUUAUUUGCAAAAGUAUGACAAAAGAAGUGCUUGCAAAUUCUUCUUUCUCUUACAUUGUCCCCUUCACAAAGGCAGCCCGUAAAGGUUGCUUUUGCAUCCAUGCAAGUUGGAUCUUGGAACCCAAAUAUCAUGCUUGGUAACUCAGGCACUGACUCUCAGGAUGAGAUUUUGGCGGGUGGAUGUUAUUGUGUAAGUACUCUUGCUGGUUAUUUGUGGAUUAAUCUUGGCAUCUUUGCUAAAGAAAGUGUAGUGAAUCUGUUGAUGGUCCCUGUGCAUGUCUGGUACAAGAUAGCUGCUUUAUCACCAUUGGAGCCACUGUCAAAUCUGGCCAGAGACCAAGAAGGGAAGCUAGGCAUGGGGGGAAUUUCUAGAGGACUAAUUUCCAGUUUGUCUGAGAUUUCAUGGAAUUCAGUGGAUCACCAUCCAAAAUCUUGGACCAACACCAAUUUGAUCCAGCAUGAAAGCAGUCUGUUCUCUAGCUCAUUGUCAGAAAUAUUUAGUAGAAAGCAUAAGAUAUCCUCUUUAUGCAUUUUGAGCUUGUAUGUUCUUGACGUGUUUGCUCUGUUCCUCUCAGAUUUCCUAAAAGAAGAUACUUUAUUGGACUUAAUGCUUGAUGGUUGGUUAGACCAUGAGGAAGAACCUUUAGAAUCCCUUCAAGAAAUUGAGGUGCAGGCCAUUGGAAGUCUCCUUCCUGACGAAGAUGAUCUUUUUUCUGGAGUAAUGGGACUUGAUACUCCUGCCAAUAGGGAUGAUGAAUUAGAGGAUUUUGACCUAUUUAGCAGUGGUGGGGGCGUGGAAUCGGAAAGUGAUGAUCGUUUAGGUGUGGGUCAAGGAAACUUAGAUAUUGUAGGAGCAUCUAAUGGUUCAAUUGUUGGUGGACAUCCUUCUAGAACACUUUUUGUGAGAAACAUAAACAGUAAUGUUGAAGAUUCUGAACUCAAGGCACUUUUUGAGCAAUAUGGAGAUAUCCGUACUCUCUAUAGAGCCUGCAAGCAUCGUGGUUUUGCCACAAUUUCUUAUUAUGAUAUAAGGGCAGCCCAAAAUGCAACGAGAGCUCUCCAAAAUAAGCCAUUGAGGCAUAGGAAACUAGAUAUACAUUAUUCUAUUCCAAAGGGUAAUACAUCUGAAAAAGAUGUCAAUCAGGGAACGCUGGUGGUUUUCAAUCUUGAUGCCUCUGUUUCAACCAAUGGGCUUCAACAAAUUUUUGUUGUUUUUGGAGAAAUUAAAAUCCAUGAGAUUUCACCUGAGCAAAAUCACAAAUUCAUUGAGUUUUAUGAUGUUAGAGCUGUUGAAGAUGCUCUUUGUGCAUUGAAUAGGUGUGACAUUGGUGAGAAGCAGAUCGAAAUUGAACCAAGUCCUCCAGGGGGUGUAAGAUGGGAGAUAAAGCUAUACGCUGCUUUCUUGUUCUGGGCCUGGAUGUGGAAAGACCAAGGGCAAGAUGAAUCUAGUAAUCUCUGUCAAAGUUCUUUGGAUGACUUGAUGGCAAGACGCGUGGCUGGGGUAUGUGCAUCUGACUACAUGGAUAAUGGAUCCAGCCCGAUAUUACAGGAUGUUAUACGGUCACCUGUGAAUACAUUUAUUGGACCUAGUCAAAGUUCUGGUGUUCCAAUCAACUUGCCCUCUCUUGCAAGAGUGGCAUCCGUUAACAACCAAUUUAACCUUCGGGAGCCAAACCACACUCUAGAUGUAAUUAAGUUCCAGAACCAGUGCAUUACAAGUUUCCAUCCCCAAUCCUUUCCCGAGUAUCAUGAUAAUUCAGCCAAAAGCCUUCCAUCUAACUCCUCAAGCACCAUUCCGGACAUGGUUAGCAGUUUUGUUUCCCCAAUGACUGAUGGACUUGAUAAUAGGAGCAUUCAUGGAGUGAGCAUAAAUGGGCACUCGAUAGAACCUAAUGAAGGGGGUAUGUUAUCUUGGUUAGAUUUUACCAUUGACAAUUUUCACAUAAUUGCGUCACUUGUGACAACUGAGAUAGAGAAAGCAACUAUAGUUUUUAAGAGAACUUGUUGGAGUUGUGGUGUUCAAGCUGCAAAAGUAGCAGCAAAUGAAAAUGAGAGCUGCACAAAAUGGCAGCAAAUGAAGAUGAAAGGCUGCACAAAAUGGCAGCAAAUGAAGAAGGAAGGCUGCAAAAAAUGGUGUUCAGUUGACUUGUUAGCUGAUUCAUUCGCUCUAGUUUUUGGAUCAUCUGGUAAUGGAAGCUGUUUGCUUCAUAGAAAUCGUUAUGCAUGGAACAACUCCAACUCACAUCAGCAGCACCCUUCAAGUGGCAGGAUUUGGCCUAAUUCGCCCUCUUUUGUCAAUCGUGUUCAGCAUAUGCCUGCAUUUCCUAGGGUACCUCCUGUUAUGCUGAAUGCAGCAUCACCUGUGCACCACCACAUUGGGUCGGCACCACCAGUUAAUUCACCAUUACGGACAGGCAACAUGCCUAUGCUGGGAAAUCUCCUGACACCUCCAGUUUUCACUUAGGAUCCCUAGGGAAUGUUGGAUUUCAUGGUAGUUCUCCAUCACACACUGUGGAAAUUGCUUCUCACAACAUUUUCUCACAUGCUGGUGGAAACAAUGGUGUGGUAUACUCUCCUCAGCAAAUGUGUCACCUUUUCCUUGGAAGAAACCCUGUGAUAAAUGCCAGGUUCUUUUGAGUCUCCCAAUGAACGUGUGAGAAAUUUCUCGCACCAUAGAAAUGAAUUGAAUUUUAUUAA